AAUAAACUUUAAAACCUUACACAAGUUCAAGAAGUGGUUUUCGUUUUCGUUUUCCUUUCUCUCUCAACUGAAACUGAAACGCCUUUUACGAAAACUAUCCCUGUCUCUCUGGUCUGGUGUAGAGCAUCGAUAACUAGCCGUGGUUUGUGUGUUCGUCGGGAGGAAAAAGCAAAUGGAUCCCGCCAGGGUGAAUUCUCCAAGCACAUGUACAGUAACCCUUGAGGUUUUGGGGCACAAAUUAAAUUUUGCUCAGGAUCCAAACUCGAAGCAUCUAGGAACAACCGUGUGGGAUGCGUCCAUGGUGUUUGCCAAAUAUCUUGGAAAAAAUUGCAGGAAAGGAAGGUUUAGUCCGUCUAAACUGAAAGGGAAACGUGCUAUAGAGCUAGGAGCUGGUUGUGGCGUGGCAGGAUUUGCUAUGGCGAUGCUGGGCUGUGAUGUUGUUUCAACUGACCAAAAAGAAGUAUUGCCACUGCUUAAGAGGAACGUAGAAUGGAACACAUCAACAAUCUUGCAGAUGAAUCCUGGUUCAGCAUCAUUUGGAUCGCUCCGAGUUGCAGAACUUGACUGGGGCAACGAAGAUCAUGUAAGGGCCGUUGAGCCGCCUUUUGACUAUGUCAUCGGUACCGAUGUUGUAUACUCUGAGCAGCUUCUGGAGCCUCUGUUGCACACCAUACUCGCCCUGUCAGGGCCAAAGACAACGGUUAUGUUGGGGUAUGAGAUACGUUCGACGAUCGUUCAUGACAAAAUGCUUCAGAUGUGGAAAGACAACUUCGAAGUCAAAACCAUUCCAAGAUCCAAGAUGGAUGGUGAGUACCAAGACCCGAGCAUUCAUCUCUACCUCAUGUCACAGAAAGCUUCUGCGGAGAGCUCUGGAAACGCUGUCCAAGAUGAACCUGCUGUUGUUGUUGACGCGGCUGAUGAAACAAAGUGUGAGAAGGAAGUUUCAACCUUAGAAUGCCUUGUUGAUUCACCAAAUCUGUUGGAAGAAGAAGACGUUGCUACACACCGUCCUAAACUUAGAGAAGAUAGUUUGUUGAUGAGAUUACGAGACGGGAAGAUGAGCGAAUGGGAGAUGAGAAGGUAUGGUAAAGUUGCUGCACAGCUUCUACGUGACGUUAAGAUUGAUGUUCAGGUGAAAAAAUGAGACUGCGUAAGCCACCUUCAGAGAGUUGUUUCCAAAGAUCUGAACCAUUUUUCGUUUUUACUUUUGGUAUCACAGACAAUGUAUACAAUGAAUCCUCCAGACUCUUUUGUGUUUGCUUGUUGCUUCAUGAACCGAGAUAAUGUAUAAUGGUUAGUUCAUUCUUGUACCAAAUAACAAUCAAAAUAUAUCAA